GAGCAUCAGCGAGAGUAGCAGCGAGCAGCCGCGGUGGUGGCGGCGGCGCGUCGUUGCAGUUGCGCCAUCUGUCAGGAGCGGAGCCGGCGAGGAGGGGGCUGCCGCGGGCGAGGAGGAGGGGUCGCCGCGAGCCGAAGACCUUCGAGACCCUCCCGCCAGCCGGCGGCCAGAGCAGGGGCAAGGUUGCCCUACAAGCAGCGCGUCCUCUCCCGCCCCGGCGCGCCGCGCUUCUCCCCGCGCACCGAGGACCGCCCGUGCGCACACAAAGCCGCCGCCCGCUCCGCACCGCCCGGCGGCCGCCGCCCGCGCCUGGGAGGGAUCUGGCCGCCGGGCCGGGGACACCCCGGCGCCGCCCCCUCGGUGCUCUCGGAAGGCCCACCGGCUCCUGUGCCCGCCGGGGAGCUCCCGGAGCCGCCUCGGUCGCGCCGGAGGAGGGCGGGGAGAGGACCAUGUGAAUGGGCUCCGGAGCCUGAGCGCCGCGCAGUUUUUUCGAAGAAGCAGGAUGCUGAUCUAGACGUGGAAAAAGACCAGUCCUGCUGCUGUUUUAGAAGACAUGUGGUGUAUAUAAAGUUUGUGAUCAUUGGCGGAAAUUUUGGAAUUUAGAUAAUGGGCUGUGUGCAAUGUAAGGAUAAAGAAGCAACAAAACUGACGGAGGAGAGGGACGGCAGCCUGAACCAGAGUUCCGGGUACCGCUAUGGCACAGACCCCACCCCUCAGCACUACCCCAGCUUUGGCGUGACCUCCAUCCCCAACUACAACAACUUCCACGCAGCCGGGGGCCAAGGACUCACUGUCUUUGGAGGUGUGAACUCUUCGUCUCAUACAGGGACCUUGCGAACGAGAGGAGGAACAGGAGUGACGCUAUUUGUGGCCCUUUAUGACUAUGAAGCACGGACGGAAGAUGACCUGAGUUUUCACAAAGGAGAAAAAUUUCAAAUAUUGAACAGCUCGGAAGGAGAUUGGUGGGAAGCCCGCUCCUUGACAACUGGAGAGACAGGUUACAUUCCCAGCAAUUAUGUGGCUCCAGUUGACUCUAUCCAGGCAGAAGAGUGGUACUUUGGAAAACUUGGCCGAAAAGAUGCUGAGCGACAGCUAUUGUCCUUUGGAAACCCAAGAGGUACCUUUCUUAUCCGAGAGAGUGAAACCACCAAAGGUGCCUAUUCACUUUCCAUCCGUGAUUGGGAUGAUAUGAAAGGAGACCACGUCAAACAUUAUAAAAUUCGCAAACUUGACAAUGGUGGAUACUACAUUACCACCCGGGCCCAGUUUGAAACACUUCAGCAGCUUGUGCAACAUUACUCAGAGAGAGCUGCAGGUCUCUGCUGCCGCCUAGUAGUUCCCUGUCACAAAGGGAUGCCAAGGCUUACCGAUCUGUCUGUCAAAACCAAAGAUGUCUGGGAAAUCCCUCGAGAAUCCCUGCAGUUGAUCAAGAGACUGGGAAAUGGGCAGUUUGGGGAAGUAUGGAUGGGUACCUGGAAUGGAAACACAAAAGUAGCCAUAAAGACUCUUAAACCAGGCACAAUGUCCCCCGAAUCAUUCCUCGAGGAAGCGCAGAUCAUGAAGAAGCUGAAGCACGACAAGCUGGUCCAGCUCUAUGCAGUGGUGUCUGAGGAACCAAUCUAUAUCGUCACCGAGUAUAUGAAUAAAGGAAGUCUACUCGAUUUCUUAAAAGAUGGAGAAGGAAGAGCUCUGAAAUUACCAAAUCUUGUGGACAUGGCAGCACAGGUGGCUGCAGGAAUGGCUUACAUCGAGCGCAUGAAUUAUAUCCAUAGAGAUCUGCGAUCAGCAAACAUUCUGGUGGGGAAUGGACUAAUAUGCAAGAUUGCUGACUUCGGAUUGGCCCGAUUGAUCGAAGACAAUGAGUACACAGCAAGACAAGGUGCAAAAUUCCCCAUCAAGUGGACAGCCCCUGAGGCAGCCCUGUAUGGGAGGUUCACAAUCAAGUCUGACGUGUGGUCUUUUGGAAUCUUACUCACAGAGCUGGUCACCAAAGGAAGAGUGCCAUACCCAGGCAUGAACAACCGGGAGGUGCUGGAGCAGGUGGAGCGAGGCUACAGGAUGCCCUGCCCUCAGGACUGCCCCAUCUCUCUGCAUGAGCUCAUGAUCCACUGCUGGAAAAAGGACCCUGAAGAACGCCCCACUUUUGAGUACUUGCAGGGCUUCCUGGAAGACUACUUUACCGCCACAGAGCCCCAGUACCAACCUGGUGAAAACCUGUAAGGCCCAGGUCUGCGGAGAGAGGCCUUGUCCCAGAGGCUGCCCCACCCCUCCCCAUUAGCUUUCAAUUCCGUAGCCAGCUGCUCCCCAGCAGCGGAACCGCCCAGGAUCAAAUUGCAUGUGACUCUGAAGCUGACGAACUUCCAUGGCCCUCAUUAAUGACACUUGUCCCCAAAUCCGAACCUCCUCUGUGAAGCAUUUGAGACAGAACCUUGUUAAUUCUCAGACUUUGGAAAAUGCAUUGUAUUGAUGUUAUGUAAAAGGCCAUACCUCUGUUCAGUGUAAAUAGUUACUCCAGUGCCAACAAUCCUAGUGCUUUCCUUUUUUAAAAAUGCAAAUCCUAUGUGAUUUUAACUCUGUCUUCACCUGAUUCAACUAAAAAAAAAAGUAUUAUUUUCCAAAAGUGGCCUCUUUGUCUAAAACAAUAAAAUUUUUUUUCAUGUUUUAACAAAAACCAAUCAGGACAGAUGUUUUUGUUUUCUUUUUUAUAAACAUGAAUAUAUAUAAUAUAUAUGUCUCUGUACAUAUACAACGUGGGUGCUAACGUGGAGACUGUGGCCAGCCUGGGCCACCAAGCUGUGGGACCCAGAGGGAGGAUUUUACUGCCAGGCAGCAUCAAAGCACUGGUGUCAUUCUGAAAACACCAGCGGCCUCAUUUUUGGCUUUUGCAAAACAUGACUUUUUUCAUUUGGAUUGCACUUUUCUGGUUCACGACUGUACCUGUAGAUGCUUGUUUACUUUGACUCUUUUCAGGAACCGACCCCCAAGCUGAAUUUACAAGUUCUGUUACCAGUAUUUGCUUCAGCUUACUGCGAUUUGGUCUCAAAACUUAAACAUAAGCAAGCAAAUGGCUGAUACGACCAUGAGAACUGGAAGAUGGAUACCACACAAACUUCUUGUAUAAAAAUAUGAAUGCUGAAAUGUUUCAGACAUUUUUAAUUUAAUAAACCUGUAACCACAUUUAAAUGGUCUAAAACCCAUAGCAUUGUAGUCAUGCCAACCUGCUAAACUUUCUCAUGCAACUAAAAUUUAUGGGGGAAAUGAGGGUGGGGGCUGUACAUUUCCCAUUGUAAAAUAAGUGUUUUAAAUGUCCUGUACUGCUAAUGAAUGACUUUCUAUAUGUCCAAGAGUUCUCCAGUGGAAUAACUAUGCACUACUUUACAUUUCAUGGGGAUGCACAGAAACAGAGUAUUACAUUUUUAGUUGCUGUUUGUACCAACCUUGAAUUACAUAUGUUUAACAACAACAAAUCAAAAAUCCUAUUUCUAUUGAGUUUUUAAUACUGACUAGCAACUCUGAAGUCUUAAUUCCUUUUUUGUUAUGAUUUAUUUGUGAGUUUACAUUUUUAAAUUGUUUAACUUUCUUAAUUUAGUAAUUAAAAAGAGAGCAUUUUACAUUUGAA